CGGCACAGCCAUAACAAGAUCACGAGCAUUCGUCAUGGGUCUGUUUCGGUCGGCGCAGUUCAGUGUGGAUUUUGAUCCUUGCACGCCAUUCAAGGAAAAACGCAACAUAUGCAACCUGAUCGUUCAGCACGGUGGUGUGGUGUCGUACAUUGUCACACGCAAGAGCGAGUACGUCGUCGCGAACUCUGCGGAGCGGUCCCGCGCGUCGAGCAAGUGCGCGGCGGCGCGGCGGCUCGGCGUCCCCAUCGUGUCGACCGACUACGUUGCGGCGUGCGCGCGCGACGGACACCUGCUGCCACACGAGCCUUACCUGCUGACGGGUCGCCGUGGCGACGGCGAAAAGGACGAGGGAUUCGCGAAGGGCGUGGUCGCAGCCGCAACCGACGAUGGCCAGCGGAAACCAAGGACGACCGCGUCGGCCGCACAAACCCAAGUUGUGGCGGAGCACUGACAGUGCUGCCCGCCUGUUUCCCGGACGAGUACGUCGUCGCCAAGCAUGCCAUCUUGCAGAGACGUGACGACUUCAAGAACACGACGCUGUUCCACUCGCUCGAGUUGCACGUGUCCGCUCGCGGCGCCCCUGCCGGAGAGUUUCCGUACCGCGUCUGCGAGCACAGCGGCACGCUGAAGAACUUGGGCGAG